AUGGCACAGCCCCCAACAGGUCACCAAUCAUUCCUCAACUUGCCCUCACAUUUAAAACCUGCUGGAAUGGGUACCCACUGCGCAGGUGUGAAAACUUCUAUUAAAAGUCUUGUGAGGGGAUGUCUGCACCCAGCCUCGGGGAGCGCCUUCCUGAAAGAUGUUGUGGCCUAUGUUGAGGUGUGGUCUUCCAGUGGGACAGAAAAUUACGCAAAAACGUUUACCAACCAACUCCUGGAUAUGGAAGCAAAGGUUUCAAAGACUUUUAACAAACACAUAACCGUCGUUUUCAAAGAUGGGUUCCAGAGCACUUGGGACAAAGCCCAGAAGAGAGGUGGGAAGCUGGUGUCGGUGCUCUGGGUGGAAAAGUGCCGAACAGGCGGCGCGCGCGUGGAGGAGUCGCUGUUCCCUGCCGCCAGCACCUGCGAACUCCUACUGGGCCUGAUGCUGAGGAAGCGUAAGUGUAUGCAGCCCAAAGAUUUUAUUCCUAAAACACCAGAAAAUGACAAAAGACUUCAAAAGAAAUUUGAGAAGAUGACUGAAGAGCUACAAAAGCAAAAGACAAAUCUAGUUAACGACGUGCCUGUCCUCUUAUUUGAAUUCCAUGGCUCCUUGGUGUAUAGUCCCACAACUAAAAUCAGCACAAUGGAGAAGAGACUACAGGAGGUGAAGGAGAGGAGGGAGAGACUUUCCCCUACCUCUUCCCAGAUGACUGAGCCGUCUCACGAGAAUCCAGGUAACUCUGGGUGCAAAGCAUCUUUGAACACGUCACAUGUCUUGUGUUCAGAUGAAUCCUUUGCUGGUGGCUUACACACAUCUUUGGAUGAUCUCGGUGGAAAAUCAGGAUGUGGAAAUCAGGGAAGCAAAUUGGGAAGGGCCGCAGAUGGAAGUAGAAACGAUACGUGCACAUCCUCGUGUGUGUUAGAGACAGAGAGCUCUCACUUACCAGCAGCGGCCAGUCACCUCCAUGGGUCAAGCCCUCAGAGAUCCCUGAUUCCUCCUCCAAAAGAGGAGGAGGUAAAUUGGCAGAAAGACGCUAUCGGAGAAGUAGUCACCCCGGACGAGAGGCAAGCCAAGGGUGUCACUGAGAGGUUUGGUGAGAAAUACUGCUCGUCUUCUGCAGUGUCCAUGGCAAAAGUCUACCUUUCAGAGCGUCCAAGGCCCUGGAGUUCCUCAGCAAAGAGAAAAAGAACAACUAUGGGCUUAGGUUCGCCUCCGAAGGGCAGCCGAAAAAAAAGGAGGCUCAGCCGGAAGCCUGUGGUGCCUGGGCUGCAGCUCAGGGUGGAACCCAGCCCGCCGCUCACGGCCAGGCCUGCCCCCUCCACUCCUGAACGCGGGGAGGCCUACGAGGACUAUUUCUCCCCUGACAACCUGAAGGAAAGGGGUUCGGAGCAGCUUCCUCCUGGGUCUCUACCUCUGCCAAGCCCUGGUCCACUGGGCUGCAGAAGUCUUUCUAGGAGGGACAGAAUGAGCAUAUUAGAAAUGUCUGAUUUUUCCUGCAUUGGUGAGAACCCCAGAUCAGUCCCUGUGUCUCCGUUAACAUCGAAAACUUGCUCCCGACUCCAGAAACCUGCAAAAUGUGAACAGAACACAGAUUGCAUUUGCCUGUCUGCAGAGGAGACACCUGCUGCUGAAGAAGGCCAGGGGUGUGCCGGGCAGGCUGAGGACACCCGCCUAGGUGGAAGCCCUGCUCGACCAGAAGGACGCAAGGGGGACUUGCAUCCUCCUGAGGGAAGGUGGGAGGAUGUGCGAGGAUCCCUUAGUGUAAAGAACAGGCAGAAGGAAGGCUCCACUUCCCAGGGCCGGGCUCUUCUGGAGGCGAAGCACCAGGCGAUGGCACACUGCAUUUGGGGGCUGAUUCUCUCGGUGACACAUGCAUCAAGUGGAAGAACACUGGUUCCAGACAGUGUCAUCUUAAAUCCCAGGGUCAGUGGGAGUGGAGUGGUCCUCAGGGCGGACGAGGCUCUUGUCCCAGGGCUGGGCCCGGGAGACCCCAGGCCUGAACGCCUGGCUUACGUGGGAGAAGACGAGGGGCCAGCACGGUGGGCUCCCUGGGACUUGGAGACGCUAGACUGCGGUGAGGGUGGGUGUGGGCCAUCACAUGGGUGUGCAGGCAGCCUCUGUGCCACUCGCUCUGACUCAGAUGGGAGUGAUCCUGUGCCCUGA